AUGGAGAAUGUGCGAAAUCACGUUGAUGUGCGAUUAUUAACAAAAUGGAAUGGUAGAUAUCAGACAGAGGCGAUGAUCGCGAAACCAAAUUUCCACAGCAGAAGCGUCUUUUCCGAGAAUCUGGUCGCAGUAGAAAUGCGUAAACUCGAGGUGAAGUUCAACAAGCCGAUUUACCGGUACGGCCCAUGCAUACUUGCUGAAUACAUCGAUAACGGUGAGAAUGUAGUGGUAACCUUUGUUGAAACGCAUGUAAGGUCGCAUCUCGACCAAAUCUGCUUGCCACAGGUCAUCAUAUCCGUAAACUAUGACGCGUUAUCCGAACAUAUAAAAGCUGAUUCGGAGGUUCAACAGUAUCGUCGGUGUCUGAAACAUUACAAUCAACCGUGGCAGCGGACACACGUUGACGGUCCUGCACCGUUUGAUAUCAGUUUUGCGGUCCGGGAACAUUUAAAAGGGCGAUUGGCCAGAGGUGAUCAGGGCAUUAACUCGCUGGACGAGGCGUGUCGUGAGCACGACAUAGCUUAUUCACAUAGUAACGACCUCGCUAAACGACACGUGGCUGACGAGAUACUCACCACGAAAGCGCGGAAACGCAUUACCGCGAAAGAUUCGACUUUCGGAGAAAAGGCUGCUGUUACGACUGUUUGGGCCGCUAUGAAGGCUAAAACAAAGCUCGGUAUGGGUUUGAAGACAAAGACGAAGACGAAGAAGAAGAAGAGUGCAAUGAGCAAGCGAAUACUACCGGUUGCGAAACGUGGUGGUACGUUGCCAAUCCUGCCAAUAUUGGGAGUUCUCGGUUCUAUGAUUGGCGGAGCUGCGGGAGUUGCGAAGGCGGUGAAUGAUAAUAAAGUCAUGCAGCGUCAACUGAAAGAACUGAAACGUCAUAAUCGCGUCAUAGGAGGUCAUGGACUUUACCUUCUUCCGCGUGGAUAUAAGCGUGGACAAGGAAUUUCGACGAGGAAAAAAAAAGUCAAAAAAAUACUAGAAGUGCCCAAGGGCGUGUGGCGAUUGGAGACAUAA